UUGAGAUUUUGCUGAUAGGUCAUGCAAGGAUUGACCUUUGACAAGACUUGAUUGAGAUCAUUGUGUAAAGAGGUGGGUCCCAAGCUCAUGAUAAAGCUAGUUAGAAAGAGUUUUAGAGGUAAAGAUACCCGCAAGACCUUUGUAGACCAUCUCUACUAUGCUCUUCAACAACAUGGCAUCCUUACCUACAAGGAUGAUGAAAUGCUUGAUCGAGGUGAUACCAUUGGCCCAUCUCUCUUCGAAGCUAUAGAAGAAUCAUGGAUUUUGGUGAUCAUAUUUUCUGAAAACUAUGCCGAUUCUUCCUGGUGUUUGGAUGAGCUUUCACAUAUCAUGGAUUGCAAGGAUAGUGAGACAGGACAAAUUGUUUUCCCUAUAUUCUAUAACGUGGAUCCUUCUGAUGUCAGAAAACAAAAAAGAAAAUACGGAGAAGCAUUUGCCAAACACGAGUUGUUAGAAGAUAACAAGAACAAAGUUGAAUCAUGGAAAAAAGUACUCGUUGAUGCAAGUAAUAUUGCUGGAUGGGAACCCAAACACGUUGCUAAUGGGCACGAAGCAAAAUGUAUCCAAGAGAUUGUUAAUUCAAUUUUAGGUAAAUUGUCAUGGAGGUCAAGGAUGAGGAUGAAGAGCUUAAAUCCAGUGGUUGAGGAUAAAGAGCUUGUUGGAAUGGGAACUCGAUUAAAGUAUUUGAAAUCCAGGUUAAAUAUUGGAUCAGGUGGUGUGCGCAUGAUUGGAAUAUGGGGGCUUGGGGGUGGUGGUAAGACCACCCUCGCUACUUCUCUUUACUUGGAAAGCUCUGGUCUAUACGAUGGUUGUUGCUUUGUUGACAAUAUCCGGGAGGUAUCCAGACAACAAAAUGGUUUAAAAAAACUACAACGAAAAGUUUUAUCUGCUAUUUUUGGCAAAAAAAUGCAAGUUGAGAGUGUUGAUAUAGGAAAACAAACUAUUGAACGUAUGUUAUGUCAUAGAAAAGUACUCAUUGUUCUGGAUGAUGUCGAUCAUCUUGACCAACUAAAGGCAUUAGCCGGAAGUCAUGCAUGGUUUGGUGAUAAGAGCUUAAUAAUAAUUACUACUAGGGAUCAACAUUUGCUAAUAACUCACAAAGUAGACGAGGUUUGUCCUGUGAGUUUAUUAUCAGAGGGCGAAGCUUUUCGACUCUUUAGAAGACAUGCAUAUAAUCCUAAUAACCCUGUAGAAGAUUAUGAGAAGCUUUCUUUACUUGUGAUUUAUUAUGUUAAAGGGCUUCCAUUAGCACUUAAAAUCUUAGGGGCUUUUCUGUAUGGAAAAGACAAAGAUGAGUGGCUUAGUACAUUAGAUAGACUAAAACAUCAUCCAGAAAUGGAUAUUGUGGAAAAACUCAAAAUCAGCUAUGAUGGACUUACACUUGUGGAAAAGGAGUUAUUCUUGGAUAUUGCAUGUUUCUUUAGGAGACAGAAGAAAUCUGAAGCAAUGGAGAUAUUUGAUGCUUGUGGUUUUCACCCUCGUAUAGGGAUAAAGGUGCUGAUACAAAAGGCUCUCAUAACUAUUUCAAUGGAUGGCCAGUUUGAUAUGCAUGAUCUGGUUCAAGAAAUGGGGCACUACAUUGUUAGAGGGCAACAUCCUUACAAUCCUGAAGAACAUAGCAGAGUUUGGCGAAAGGAAGAUAUUGAAGACAUAUGUUCCAUGAAUGCAACGAUGGAAAAUAAUAAGAUUGAAGCCAUACCUCCUGGUGUUUGGUCAUCCAACUUCAUUAUGUUUGUUUCAAGCAUGAAGAAACUAAGGUUCCUUAAAGUGAGUACCACUUCGUUUGAUAAAGGGCCCAGCUUUCUUUCAAAUGAGUUGAGGUAUAUAUAUUGGAAUGGUUAUCCUGCAAGUCUGUUCCCUGAAAAUUUUCAACCAAGGAAGCUUGUUGUUCUAAAAAUGGAAUUCGGCUUACAAAAAGAACUUUGGAAGGGUUACAAGUAUCUACCAUGUUUGAAAGAGAUGGAACUCUUUAACAUGAAAGCACUAGUCAGGAUACCUGAUAUUGGUGGACUGCAAUGUCUUCAGAAGUUGAUACUUGAUAAAUGUGAAAGCUUAGAAGAGAUUCAUCAAUCACUUGGAUCUCUUUCAAGUCUUGCUCACGUAUCUGUAACGGGAUGUAAGAAGCUUAAAAGGUUUCCGACCAUUGUUCGGAUGGACAAACUGAGGAUUCUUGAAAUUUCAGAAUGCAAAGCACUUAUUGAGUAUCCAAAGAUUGAAGCCAAACUGGAUAACUUGGUAGAGUUUUCUUUGGUAAAUGUUGGCAUAGAUAUCUUAGCCUCAACUAUCGGUGAAUAUUGUACCAAACUUUCUUUUGUUGGGUUGGCUGAUUGUUCCAAAUUAAAAGGCAUAGACGAUAACUUUCAUGCUCUGAAAGGUCCACAUAAUUUUCAAUUAUAUGGUGACAAACAAAUUGAGAUGUUGCGAAAAGAUCUAUUCAAUGAAAAUCUAGAUGGGCUUGGUUUAAGAAAGUUGGAUUUAAGUGGGUGUGGAUUGAAUGAUGGUGAUAUACCCAGUGAGAUUGGUGAGCUGUACAACUUACGAGAGCUACAUCUUUGGAGUAAUGAUUUUACACGAUUAGAUUUCAACCUUUCACGACUUACUCGCCUCAAACUCCUUGAUCUGGGUAGUUGCGAAAAUCUUAUUGAAUUGCCUGAGCUCCCAGUAAGUCUAGCUAUUCUCAAGGCAGACUGGUGCGGGUCACUUGAAGACAUCAAAGAUGAUGCUCAUAGAAGAUGUAAAUGGUUAUGUGAAGUAUCAGUUCGAAGAGGGAGAUAUGUAACUGGUGGGGAUAUAUUACUAGAAUCUGUGCUUCAGGGAAAGGCACUUAACAGUGGGUGUAUGAUCCUUCAACUAAAAGAGUUAGAGAUUCCGUGGGGGUUUGAACCUCGUGUGGUAAGAGGGGAUAAAUGUAGAAUGCAACUUCCAGAGAAUUGGUACAAUCACUUUUGUGGAUUCUUAUUCUGCGCAACUUCCCAUGGCUAUAUUGGUGGUCCAAUUGUAAGUAUGAAGCACGUCGAAAAGUCAAUGGGUGGUUCCAUGGAAAUGGGGGUUUCUCAAGACGAUGAGUAUGUGUAUUCGUCAGAGGAGGAAACUGACGACGACGACGACGACGAUGAUGAUGUCUAUUGGGAGGUGGAGGAGACCGAAACAUGUGUGACGUAUUUCCCAUUUAGUUUAUUGAGACACACUUCAUGGUGGGACCCAACAUCCACUGCCGUCGAGAUGGAGUUUCACAACUCAAAGUGUCCGGAAAUUAGGAUGUGUGGAUUGAAGCUGGUUCAGCGCUCUGCUGAAAGUAGUAGUGGUCAAAACGAAACAACACCCACCCAUUCCUCCUUCUGCACCUCUUCUGAUGAUAAUUAUAAAUGUAAAUUAGAUAUUCUACAUGAUUCGAAGUCUGUUUUCAGCUUCAGAUUAUCAAACUUUGUUUCGGGUAAAAAGCUGUAAGCCCGGUUAAUAUCAGACAGAUUAAAACACCUUAAAACUUCAAUUCCAUCCAUACUAAAGACGGAUUCUAUUUCGUUA